ACACCAAGGAAUUUUCAAGCCCCGGUAUUUAUCCGAAAAAUCUUGUGUUUUUGGGGUCCCUAAUCUCUGUUGCUGUCAUCUGUGCACAAUGGAUUCUUGUCGCUCUUGAUAUUUCGCUUGCUUCUCGUGUUCGUAAAAACUGUGCAAAGGACUAACAGGACGUAUACAGCGCAGACAGGUAGUGGCAGCAGGAUAAACCAAGAUUCGUCUUUGAGCUUGGAGUAAAGAUGAAACAACGCAGCAGCAGCAGCCACAACAACAACAACGAUUCUCAUAUUGUAACCGAGUGGGAAGAUGGCAUCAUCUUCGAUGUAGACGAUCCCGACUUUUGUAACAUUGCCGGUUCAGGUGCUACUGCUGCUGCUCUAAGCAAUUUGAAUUUUAUGGUACCCACAGCAGCCAACAUGUCGAUUGCCAGCGUUCAUGGUCCCCAAAUAGCCGAUAUUUGCAGCCCCCUAUCUCAUCAUAAUCUUGGCCUGUCAGCCUCAUUGCCAGAUCUGGUUGGUAGUCCCCUGGAGAUCAACAUGGAUAAUGUCUUAACCAUUGAGGAGUUGCGUCAACAUAUGGGCUCCUGCUUCACUUGCGGUGUAUCCUGGACCGAUGAUCAUGUCUCCCUCGAUUGCAGCGAAUGCGGUGGCUACAGUCUCGAGCGUUCCUGCCCCCUGUGUGAUGGCCAAUGCGGUGUCCAAUGGAAGCGUGACUUUGCCAUGUCCCAUGCCUGCAGUCAAGCCCGCUGGUUGGGUGUGUGCAUGAGCUAUCCCGAAUCAUCGGCUGUUGGUCUCCAACUGCCAGUGACCGCCACCGCCGCCACUUCCUGCGCUGCUGCUGCAGCGAAUCAAUUGCGUUUGGCCCAGGAGCUGUGUUCGCGUCUGGAACAAUUAUCGACCACAUCGGCGACGAAUAAAACUACACGCAUUUGAAUUUUUGAUUCGUUGGUCGAACAGUUCCUGCUACAUUUGCUCCACCACCCAACUCCAUGGGCCCAACCAUAAAAUGGGCCCAUUCAUUAGCACCACCAACACCACCACCACCACCACACAAAACGCAGUCUCUCACCUUUAAUUUAAGGCUUAAUUACUAAGCUUUUGGUUCUUAAUUGUUGUCGCGUUUUUCUUUCUUUUUUUUCAUUUAACUUUUUACUUUAGUUUUCCUUUUGCCUAUUUAACUUUUUGGACUGUAUGUGAAGCAGUUUUUUGGUUCAUUUUUAUUUGUUUGCUUGCUUCUUAAUGGCACACAAAAUUUGUUUAAACAAAAAGACUACUUUCUGCCUAGACUUAAGCCAAGUUUAGGCACCCGAAGUGAUAACGGUGAUAUUAGCCAGAAAGAAUCGUAAGCAAAUAGAGAAUUUAAACAAAAAAAGAAAACAAAAAAUCAGACAACUAGCAAAAAACAAAACAAAACAACUACAAAGAAAAGGUAACAAAAGUCUAACGAUAUAGCUAUAUAGAUAAUUUUUGUAAUCGUUUAGAGAUUGUUGUUAACAGUUUUUAGUUUUAGUUGUUGUUGCUUUUUGCCUUGUGCGUGCGCUUAAGUGUUUUUUGUUAAUAUUUCUUUUCAUUGAGAACUAUGAAUAUUACAUAAAGUUAAGAAUUCGUUGGCUCAAUAACUGAAUCUUCCAAAAUGCAUAAUGCUCAACAACUAAAUUAAGCCAAGAAGAAAAACAAGAGGAAUUGUACAGAUAUACACAUAAUAUAGUGCACAAGAAAGGAAAAAGGGAGAAACAGAGAGAGAGAGAGGAAACGCACAAGGAGAAACAACUAAAAAGCAUUACUCAGCAAGUUAAAGAUUUUCUGUGAAAAUCCAAAUGACAUAGAAGUUUAUAUGCCUACAUUAUAUAUACCUAUUAAAUAUAUAUAUAUAUACUAAAUAGAUCUACAUACAAUAUACAUACUAUAUAUUUAUAUUUUUAAUGUAGAGAUAUCUUUUGUAAAAGACGAAAGCAUAUUUUUAAAAUUAAAAAAACCAAUAAUACAUUUAAA